AGUGCCGCAGCCGUAGUCCGUAUUUUUCUGCGCUAUUCUCCGCCGGAGCCUCUUCAAACUGGCUAAAAUGCUGAACUGCAACGGACGUUCCAAGUUUUCAGUUUUCAGUUUCGGUUGCGGUUUUGGUCAUUCCCAAGCCCAUUACUGAUCAAGUGGAUAGUGGAUAUAUCGUUGGCUCUGAGGCAAUGAGCCACCACCAGCAGCAGCAGCAGCAGCAGUUCCAUCAUUACCAUCAUCACAUCCAUCAGGUUCAAUCGGAAUCGCAAUUGGAGCAACGUAACUCCGAUCUGGAGCACAAUUCCAAUAGGAAUACGAAUCGCAUUGGUUCUUCGAUGGAUUUCAAAAACCUAUGCCAGCGCAUCGAUGUGGACGGUUUGAAAGCCAAAUUGCCACAGCUUAAGCUGCCCAAAUCGUUGCCCAAGUUGCGUGGUCGCAAGAUUUUCCGCAGCUCCAAGAGCGGAGCAGACGGAGCAGCAGGGGGAUCAUCAAAAGAUGGAGCAGGAGGAGGACAGCAACAACAAACCCAUCUCCAGGUGGCAGCGCAAUCGCAGCAGUUCAUCAACAGGACGCCCCAGAGGAUCUCCACAAUCAGUUCACUGAUGUACGAAGGCGAACAGGAGGAGAUCCGGGCAAGUCUUGGAAGAUCGCAGCCGGGAACGUACAGAAGUGCUGGUAGUCUUGAUGAUGAUUACUAUGCACCUGGCAGCGGGGAGAGAGCUUCGCGUCCAAUUAGUCCCAUUAAAAUACCAGUUGGUGGGACAGAUGAUACUGGAAAUUCCCGCACCACAUUAACCCAACGAUUGCAGAGGGGUUACAAGAGCCUGAGUGAACUGAGGAUCAAGCACAUCUUUGCCAAGCAGACGACAGUGCGAAAGGACAACAUCGAGGUGGAUCGCUAUGUAGAGCAAUAUGAGCGGGAACUCAAAUCGGAGAAGCGGGCUCGGGAACGCAGGGAUCGUGAGAUAGCCGAGAACUAUGACAUCAAGAUCAAGACCUUGGCGGGUACUCGGCAAAAUACCUUCGACGAUGACGAAGUGGAGCACGAGCAGUUCGAGAAGGGCAAGAUUAGCCAUGAAACGGAUGAGAGUGGCAUGGAGGCCACACCACCAUUACCUAGUCGUCGAAAGCCAGGUAUAGCUGCCACCAGAUUCGCCAAGGUUAGAAAGCCUCCCUUGGAGAUGGAGGAGCAGCAGCAGCAAACAGGUGACGAGGAUUCAAAGGAAUCGCCACCAAGAAAGCAAACUCCACCACGUCCCAGUAGCUAUAAGCAAUUGCUCAACAAGUUGCCACAUCUACCAAGUCUCCCGAGCCUUCCCCAGCUUACCAGGAGCAAAGAGGAGACUCCCAAAACGGAGGAAAAUGCCGAGGCCAAUAAUCCCAGUUCCAAGUUGGGCAUAAGGCAAAAUAUCAAGAGACUUCGAAAGUCCAUCAAACGUCCAGCCAAGAUUAAAACCAAGGUUACAGCUCCAGACUCGGAUGAGGACGAAGACGUGACCGAGGGCGAUAGACCUAAAGAGCCACCCGUCAAGAGCUCUUCUGCAAAUCUCAGAGCUCGUCUCAGCCGUUUUGCAUCCACAGAACAGCUUCAGCAGCGUUGGCGAAAGAGCUUCAAGGGUUCCAGGGAAACCAAAGAUGGUGACCCGAAGCAGGGGGAUAAUGUAGAACCAUCUUCUGGUGCUGCUGCAUCUGGAAUUCUGGGUGGUCUGCUUCUUGGCUCUCAACUAGAAAAGACCCUGACCAAACUCAACGAGAAGAUGCACCAGAUCAAGUUUUUUCAGCGGCACUCCAACAGCCAAAACUCGGCCUCGUCGCAGCAACCCAAACCCAAUACCGUGGGUCACGAACCGGUCGAAAUCGAUGAUGAAGAACUGGCGGCCACCUACCAUCGCACCGACAGUCUCGAGAAUGAAAACGGAAACGAUGACAGUGGCGAGGACAUAUCCGCUGAGGAGGCAUUUGGCCAGAUCCAGCAAGAGGAUCAGGAUCAGGAUCAGACGAAGAGCAGCAACUCAUCCGUAUCGGGAACUUCGACCACCCACGCUGCUCGCCAGAUGGCGAAGCUGGCUGAGAUACAGGCGGCGUCGAAGAGCGGAGCGGCUGCCUGGAGCAGUGAAUCGCUGGAGGAGAUCGCCGACGAGGACUACCCAAGGGUACUCAUCCACCAAGAGCACUCCGAUGCCUACGAAUCCACGCUGAUCAUAGCGGUGGCCUCGAAAGGUGGUUCGGUAUCUCCAGCUCUUCGAACUUCUGGCUAUUCGCCUUGUCUUGGACUUAAAGCUUCUCCAGCAACUGGAAUACGGACUUCUCCCUAUCCCGAGAUCAAAAUCUCCUCAUCUGGACCACAAAGCUUGUCCUAUUCUCCCACUACUAGUUAUCCUGACCAGACGACGACCAAUAGAUCUCCAUCUCCGGAAUUCAAAACACCUGCAGGUGGCAUUAAAGUCUCACCAUCUGAGGCCAGUGUUUGGUUGCCCAACGAACAGAUCAUAGCUGGCUUCAAGGAGCAGACAUCCUGGCCAGCUCCAGCCUUGUACAAGCCUAAGAGCAUUGAUAUAUUCGAGGCCUCAGCCGGAGGAUCAGCUGCCUUUGCCGAUUUCGAUGAAGCCCUGCGUAAUGCCCCCGUUUUGAGGAUCAGUGCUGGGAGUAGUAUCGAUACCAGUGGCGAGGAGGCGGAUGACAGUAGUUCCCGGGUCACAAGGAUUCGUGUGCAGAGUCCACAGAUCGGAAAUAGUAGAGAGAGUCUGAUGGCUCAGGAGGAGGAAGACGAAGAGGAGGUAGAAGUUGAUCGGGACUCGGAGGAGGACAGAGACCCCUCGGAGCGACCGCCAUCGGAGUCGCCACCACCACCGCCACUUCCACAACGACGUCCGCCUCCGAAACGCCCAGCCACGCCUCCCAUUUACGAUGCAGUGCCACCACCGCUGCCAAUUAGCAAACCUCCGCCACCACCACCGGCAGAAACUCCAACUCCAUUUGUGACACCAGUUCCUGUUCCUGUUCCUGUACCCUCGCCAGUUCCCCUCAGCCGGGGAGGAAUCCCCCAGAGAAGCGCCUCCAUGUCGCGACCAGCCAAACCACUGGUCAAAACCAGUUCCCUGCGCCUCACAUACAACGAACAAGUCCGACCCGGUGAUGUGGGCAAGGUCAAUAAGCUGAUAUCUCGUUUCGAGGGCGGAAGACCCCGGCUCUGUCCAAGGAGAAUGCACAGCGAGGAGUUAGAGCGUUGUGGUCAUGGGGAUGAAGAGGAACCCGAGAUGGAGCAAAUCCUGGAACUGCAAAUAACCGAAAAACGAGUCAUCGCGGACUCGGUGACACCAACAAAUCGAGCACCUGUGGUCAUACCACAGAUAACACUCAAUAACAAUAAUGAACGACAAUCGGAUUCCGAUCAGGAUGAGAUUGCCAAAAGUAGAAAAAAGCAAUCCAUGGAUUUGGCUUUGGAUCGUCAGAACUCGAAUUGCAGCAGAUCCGAAUAUGGUUCACCAUUAUCCUUCCCCAGCAGCCGGCGCAGUUCCACGCCCACGAAUCUCAAUGCCAAUGCGAAUCCAAUACCAAGUCUCAUUACCAAUCCCAACCAGAAUUCUGUCCAAAGCCUGCAGCAACAACGACGUAGCCGACGAUCCAUGACCCGCGACGAUGACAAUUUCUAUAGCUUCGAUAGCGACGAAGAGAACAGCUACUACUCUAUAAGUCCCUCGGGCAGCAGUCGCUAUGUGGUGGAGAUCUGAGCGAAAGUAAAGGACUAUAUAUGUAUAUAGGUUAAGGCCCCUUAAUAUUUGAGCCACACAAAUUGAACAAAAAUCGUAAAAUAUUAAUUCAGAAUUAAUCAAAAGUAGUAUCAGUAGCCGAAAUAUUUUUUAAUUGCCCAAAAAUUGAAAUUUAAAGAGAAGUUAUCAAGAUGUCUGCUUUACCAGCAAAACUUUAAUAUUUUUUUUUUCUCUAGCUUAAGCUUUUAUUUAACAAAAGCAAGUACAAGUUGUAUAACUUUAAAGAAAAUACAAAAAUAAACAAGCGAUAUAAAUAUCGUAUAUAUUAAACAAGCAAAUAUUUAAGCUCCUUAUCGAAAUUUAAAAGUUAAUUCAUUUAGAAGAACUUUUCGGUAGAUA